AUGCCAUCCGAUCAGGAUCGCCGCGAGAUUGUCGUUAUCGGCGGCGGAAUCAUUGGAUGCUGCUCUGCAUACUUUUUGACGCGCCAUCCCUCUUACGACCCUGUCCGCCAUAAAGUGACCCUUCUUGAAGCCUCCGAUAUUGCUGGCGGAGCAUCUGGCAAAGCGGGCGGGCUUCUAGCGCAAUGGGCUUAUCCAAGCAACAUCGUGGACCUUAGCUUCUCACUCCAUGCAAAAUUGGCAAAAGAACAUGAUGGUAAGACUCGAUGGGGAUAUCGAGAAACAAACUGCGGUCAACUUGUCGUCAAAGGCCGCGCACUCUCCGAGAAGAGUGAAGCGAAAGCGGAGGGCGAAUCUUUGCAGAAGCGUAGCGCAGCUGCAGUUUCUAAGCUCAAGUCAGCCAAAAUCCCCUUGGAUCUGGAUUGGAUUGAGCCCAAUCUCUUGAGAGCUUACGAAAGUAUGGGUGGGCCAGGCGAGACCGCCCAGGUGCACCCGCAUCUAUUUACAAUGUCAAUGGCCAGGCUGGCAGAAGAAAAGGGCGCAGAGAUCAUACUCGGACAAGUUACGGAUAUAUCUCGUCCGAACGAUACUGUCCAGUCAGUGACAUAUACCGACAAAGCUUCUGGCGAGUCACGCACUCUUGCUGCUACCGACGUGAUUGUGGCUGCCGGUCCUUGGACCAAGACCAUUCUCCCAGAAGCUCCCAUUGCCGCAAUGCGUGCACACAGUGUAGUGAUCGAACCUACGAGGCCUGUCAGCGCUUAUGCUCUUUUCACAAACAUAGAAAUCCCUGCCAACUUCAAUCCCGCAAAGAAGUCGCGGCCCACUGUCGCUGCACCGGAGAUCUACGCUCGCCCAGACGAUACCGUUUACGCUUGCGGUGACGGUGACAAGAAUAUUCCAUUACCAAAUACCUCUGCUGAAGUCGAGGUUGAUCAGGAACGUUGCCAGGAGAUCAUUGACCAAGUCGGGAGUAUCUCGGAUGAACUUCGAGAUGGGAAAAUCCGGACGCGACAAGCCUGCUAUCUGCCCAAUUGUGCCCAUGGAGGAGGGCCAUUGAUUGGCCAUACCCAUACAAAGGGUCUUUAUCUUGCCGCUGGCCAUACCUGCUGGGGCAUCCAGAAUGGACCCGGAACCGGAAAGCUCAUGAGUGAGUUUGUCUUUGAUGGACAGGCCAAAAGCGCAAAGAUUGACCCCAACGAUGUCUCCGUCUUGAUCAAAGAGGCCGCGCGCGCCAACAACGAGUCGCUCCUAUGGGGUCCCUACAAGCCAAACCUCUACUUUGGAGUGCGGCCGCGGAUCGCGAACAGUCUGACUGCAGGCUUGAUGUGGGCUAAGGUCGAUGAUUUUGCUACUGCGCAACAGAAUUUUAGACACACCUGCGAGCAAAAUGAAGGCAUGGCGGGAUACGGCUGGGAUCAGUACGAUGUUCGAAAGGGCGGCCGCGAGACAAUCCACGAUGCCGGCAAUAAUCUCGACCUUACAAUUGAUUUCAUUAAGGUGCCUGGUGGUCAGCACGGAGGCAGCUGGGGAUUCCGGGUGAAGGGAGUUCCUCGUGAGGAUGGAAGUCCUGAUCAGCCAAUUUCAAUGGUCUUUUAUACAACUCUUGAAGGCCUGGGCCAAUUGGACGUUGAUGAAACCACUGUGUCAACAAGCUCUCCUAUCGAGGGUGAUAUGAGAUUCAAUGGCUACUCUUCUGAGCUUGGAGACUUCACCAUUGAUGUAAAAUCUGGCCCGGAUAGCAAUGAGUACUUUAAGCAUGAUCAUUCUAGCUAUGAGGAGAAGCCCCUGGGCCAGGGUCUUGUGUCGAGUGCGACCAUGCCACAGCAACAUCUUUGGCAAGCCAAAGGAAUUUUAUUCACUCAGAUGAAGAGCGAAGUCGAAAAAACGAUCAAAGAAUUUGGAACAGAUGACCCCCCACCCCCAGCACAGCUAUUUACCAUCAAGCACGCUCCUGGAAGUGGCAAUGUUCAUCUUGUCCAAAAGAUUUUCACUGGUGCCUUUGAGUUCGAUGUUCUAUUCUCUUCCGGCUCCGCUCCGGAGCCUCUGACCUCGGAAAUGAUCACCAAAGAGCUUGAUGAUGCUCUACUGUCAUUUUCUGCAAGAUUCAAUGAGGUGCUUGCCCCGAAAGCCCCCUUUGAUUCAGCGGAGUAUUCGGAAUUUUCCAAAGCUAUGCUUUCCAACCUGAUUGGAGGCAUUGGAUACUUCCACGGCGAUGACGUCGUUGAUCGAUCGGCUUCUCCUGCUUAUGAUGAGGAGAAUGAAGGCUUUUGGGAGGAGACUGCAGAGGCUCGCGCGGCGGCUCAACCAGUCUUUGAGGGACCCAAGGACCUUUUCACAUGUGUUCCCUCUCGUCCUUUCUUCCCUAGAGGCUUCCUUUGGGAUGAAGGCUUUCACCUGAUGCCCGUUAUGGAAUAUGAUUCUGACCUUGCGCUUGAGAUAAUCAAGAGUUGGUUCCAUUUGAUGGAUGAAGAUGGGUGGAUUGCCCGUGAACAAAUAUUGGGACAAGAAGCUCGUAGCAAAGUUCCACCGGAGUUUACUGUUCAGUACCCUCAUUAUGCUAACCCGCCCACCCUGUUCAUGGCACUUGAAGCAUUCAUGGACAAGGCAAAGAGCAACAAGAGCAUUCAAUCGGAUACACUGGAUAAUGGUGAUGUGGCCGAAGCCCUGCGCUCCGCUACUCUCAAGAACCCCGAACUUUCGGAUGCCUACCUCCGCUCAUUCUACCCUCUGAUGAAGAAGCAUUAUUUUUGGUACCGCAGCACCCAGCGUGGCGAUAUCAAGUCGUACGAUCGUGAGGCCUUCUCUACUAAGGAAGCUUAUCGCUGGCGUGGACGCUCUGUCCAGCAUGUUCUGACUUCGGGUCUCGAUGACUAUCCCAGAGCCCAGCCGCCACACCCAGGUGAGCUGCAUGUGGACCUCAUUAGUUGGAUGGGUAUGAUGACCCGCACAAUGCGGCGUAUUGCGCAAGCCCUGGGUGAGGAAGAAGAUGCUGAGGAGUUCGCGUACUACGAGACUGCCAUUUCACGCAACAUUGAUGACCUACAUUGGGAUGAAACCGCGCAGACAUUCUGUGACGCAACAAUAGAUGCGUUCGAGGAAAGUGUGCACGUCUGCCACAAGGGCUAUAUCUCAAUCUUCCCUUUCCUAACUGGCAUGUUGAGCCCUGACAGUCCUCGCCUUAAGGCUAUUUUGGACCUGAUCAGUGACCCCGAGGAGCUAUGGAGCGAUUAUGGUAUUCGCAGCCUCAGCAAGAAGGACGAGUUUUAUGGCACCGAAGAGAACUAUUGGCGAAGCCCGGUUUGGAUGCCAAUCAACUACUUGGUGUUGAAGAAUCUUCACGAUAUCGCUACCGUCGGCGGUCCCCAUCAGGAACAAGCUAGAAACAUGUACUCCGAUCUGCGAGAGAAUUUGGUCAAGAUCGUGUUUCGGGAAUGGAAGAAAACAGGGUUUGCCUGGGAGCAGUAUAAUCCCGAAACGGGCAAUGGACAACGCAAUCAGCACUUUACCGGCUGGACCAGUAUGGUGGUGAACAUGAUGUCUAUGCCUGAUCUACACAAGGACGCAAAAACUGCCCACGAUGAGCUAUGUAAUGGAACUAAAUCAGUGGGUAUAAAUUUGCUUCUUAACGCCGGAGGUCAUGUUCCUGUCGAUCUCUACGGCGCUGAAGAUCACGUCGACGUUCUGCCGGAGAAUAGCUGCGCUCAACUCGUCGUAGUCGGUGAUCGUUAUCAUGGUGAUCACGAUCUCGGGAGCGCGACUUGGAUCGCUUCCGUCGACCCCGGUCACGAGACCGGUGUCGAUGGCUGCGGUGACGGUGAUCUCGAUCCCCAUUUUGGUCAUUAUGGUGUCCGUGGUACCUGCGAUCUCGGUCUCGUCCUCGAUCCUCACUGCGAUCACUUCGUUUCUCCCGGCGUGGGCUACGGCUGCGAUCACGCCGAUGUCUGCGACUUCUUCGGGUCUCUGAGUCUUUUGCCCGAGCCAUAUCUUCUCUUAUCUCCUUUGUCUUGUCACCACCCCCGAGAGGAGUCAGAUUCGCAUUUGCGUCGGCUUUCGGUGGUAUAG